AUCAAUUCCUUGUAAGUAAAGGUUUAAAACCUUUCAUUAGUCGGAAUAGGGCUAGACCCGCUUUUAAAAUUCUAAGGUUAACGGUGAUACAUAAGAAACAAAAGAAAACAAUAUCAAACAAUAUCUAGUGGAGGAGUUGGGGGUUAGAGUAGGAGUCACAUAUUUGGUAACCAUUGGUAGUCAAAAUUAAACUAGCUACUUCCAUUGCCAUUGAUGAGUGGUUUGUUAGGGUUUUGUGAGUCCCAUUGUGACUGACGGAGCGUCGUACAUUGGGGGAGAGAGAGAGAGAGAGGGGUUGAUGUUAUGAUCAAUCUCUUUCGGUCAUUAAUAGGGCUUCCCCUUCUAGUCUGCCAACCUUAACCAAUUCACGUUUUCACUUCUCUUUCCCUUCUUCUCUUUGUGUGUUUAGCCGCACCUUAACCAAUCCACUGAUUCCCCCAACCCUCCAUGGCCUGCACCUGUUCUAGCUGACAACAUAUAUGCUCUGCUCUGCUCUGCUCUGCUCUGCUUGCAGCUGCCUUCCUUCCUUCCUUCCUUUUACUUCUUUUUAACCUCUUUCUCUCUUCCUCUCUGUAAAAGAAAACUGAAGAAAAAAGCAUGGAGUGGAACAAUGGCAGUCUCACUCCUAAGCUUCUUUCUCCACCACUACUACACCAUCGAUCUUCAUACACUCCAUGCUACAACUACAACUACAUCUACAAUUUGGAUCAUUUUCCUGUGUUAGAGAGGAAGAAUCCGGCGGAGGAAAGUGUGGUUGGAGGAGUGGAUCAGAAGAAGAAGAAGAAGACCAAGACCAAGUUGAGUCCGGAUCAGUUGGAGUCAUUGGAGAGAAGGUUUCAAGAGGAAGUGAAGCUUGAUCCUGACAGGAAAAUGAAGCUGUCAAAGGAACUUGGACUCCAACCAAGGCAAAUUGCAAUUUGGUUCCAAAAUAGAAGAGCUCGCUGGAAGACUAAGCAGCUUCAGCAUCUCUAUGACACCCUCAAGCAAGAAUUUGACACCAUCUCUAACCAAAAACACACCCUUCAACAACAGGUAAUGAAACUAAAGACCAUGCUGCUGCUAAGAGAAGAAGCCACCAGGAAUCCUCAAGGGUCGAUGGCUUACACGGACGAAGAGACGGCGGAGAGCACGUCGGUCGGGGUUCGGAGCAGUACCAAUAAUUACACGUACAAUAAUAAGGUGGAAGAUUUGGUUGAAAUAUCAGGUUCAGGUCCUCCUCCUCCUCCUCCAUUCUGGUGGGGUGCUGAGGAGGAUGCUCACCGCCCUUCUUACCCUUAAUUACCUUUAAUUUAUUAGUUUUGGUUUAGCUUUCUUAGUGUUUGAUCACCAUCAAACAACAUGCUGUUGUCUUGGAACCAAAUCUUUGAAUGGAAUGCUGUUGUCUUGGGAGAUUA